UCUUCAUUCCCGCUGUGAGUGACAGAAAUUCCCUAAAGAGCAGCAGACGGAUAAAGUUUCUGGACUUGAGGACUAUCAGCCAAUCGGCGGAGUCCGUGACUGGGACAAAGUCCUUUUUUAUCCCUGAGUCAUUUAACCUUCCAGGUCUCCCUCCACUUCCUCUGUGAAAGGUUUAAUGUUACACCCUCUGCAAAGCUUUACCUGGCCAGGUGAGCUGCUGAAAGUGAGCGUCGUCAUGCAGUCAUAUCUCUGCUGAAAACGACCUCCAUGAUGGAUCAAACACCCUGAUUCCUCCAGAUGAGUUUCCAGGAGCGCAUCCAGGCUGAAGUUGCCAUAGCGAUGGCUGAAGCAUCGGCUCCGCCCCUUUCUCCUUCUGAUUAUGGACUGCUGUCUCCUCCCCCUGACCUGUGUGCGUCAUGUGGCCACAGUCACCAGCUGGAGGAGAACCACGAGUACCUGUACAAAGACGAGGUGGACGACGACCUGGUGUGCCACAUCUGUCUGCAGCCGCUCAUCCGGCCUCUGGACACGCCCUGCGGACACACCUACUGCCAGGAGUGUCUCACCAGCUUCCUGCUGGAGAGCGACUUCUGCCCCGUAUGCCGCGCGCCCCUCAUGCUGCAGAGCUGCAGGAAGCCCAGCCUGCUGGUGCACAAGCUGCUGGAUAAGCUGAUGGUGGCCUGUCCCUUCACCGAACACUGCACAGAAACGUUGCCACGAGGUGACCUAGAGGAUCACAUCAAGAGCAGGUGUAAAGGAGCGUCUCACUAUGGCCUCUCAGCAGACAGGAAGCGGCGCUCGCAGGAGGGCGAAUGCACUGACAGCACGUCAGAGCUCACCAUCGCCACGCUGCCGAGCGACGGCCCCACCUCUGCCGCCGUGGCCCUGCUGUCAGACGAGCCCGGCCUGGUUAACCCCGCCUUCGACCCCAGCAUGGAAGACAACAGUCAGUCAGGCAGCACGACCAGCCUGGCCGCCCGCAGCAGCACCAAGAAGAGUGAGUUCAGAAACUUUGACAGAUCUUCAGUGAGAAGCCGAUCCUUCAGGAGGUUGAACCGAGCAUUCAGUGUGCUACGGAGGACCAAGAGCGGCAACGCGGUCAGCAAUGAGACGUCUGAGGAGAGGGACAACGCCAGGAAUUCCAGCGUGCCACCUGAAGUGCUGGCGCUGCCUCAGCUCCAUCACCUGAUUCCUGAUGGUGAGCUCACCAGUAUCAAGAUCACACGGGUGGAACCCUCAGAACCACUCGCCAUCAGCAUUGUCGGCGGGAAUGAGACCCCGUUGGUUCGUAUCCUCAUCCAGGAUAUCUACAGAGAAGGGGUCAUCGCUCGGGAUGGACGUUUGCUGCCUGGGGACAUGAUCCUGAAGGUAAACGGCAUUGACAUCAGUAAUGUCCCGCACUGCUUCGCUGUUGCAGCCCUCAAACAGCCGUGCCAACUCCUCCGGCUCACCGUGCUCCGAGAGCAGCGCCACCGUUACCGCUCACACUCACACAGCCACCAACACGGCCACGGGCACGGGCAUGAUCUCGCCGGAGGCCACCCAUCUCAUGGCCUACCACACAUUCCUCUGAGGGACGACAGCAUCCACGUGGUCCUGAAUAAAACCGCCCCGGACGAGCAGCUGGGGAUCAAGCUAGUGAGGCGGCCGGAGGAACACGGCGUUUUUAUCUUUCAUCUGCUGGAGGGCGGCCUGGCAGCGCGAGACGGACAGCUGUGUGUUGGCGACCGCGUUCUGGCCAUCAAUGGGCAUGAUCUACGCUAUGGAGCACCAGAACACGCCGCUCUGCUCAUCCAGGCGAGCGAGGAGCGCGUUCACUUCAUCGUGUCUCGUCAGAUCUGCCUGCCCACCCCAGACAUCCUACAAGAAGCUCCAUGGGCCAUGGACGGUCCCCCACCAUACUCCCCUGUGGAUAUCGAGCAAACACUGCUGGACGCCUGUCAGAAACCAGCGUGCUACGAGAAGACAGUGACUCUGAGUAAAGAGCCGUACGACUCUCUGGGUAUGACAGUGGCAGGCGGGAUGUCCAGCCGAGGGUGGGACCUCCCCAUUUAUGUCACCAACGUGGACUCUGAUGGAGUGGUGGGACAGGAGGGCUCCAUCCGUAAAGGUGACAUCUUGCUAAACGUGAACGGGGUGGACCUAACGGGGGUGACGCGAAGCGAGGCUGUCGCAAACCUGAAGAACACCUCCUCUCCUGUUGUGCUCAAGGUCCUGGAGAUGCGUCCUCCAGAAGAUAGCCUGCAGGACUGCACACUGCCCCCGUGUCUCAUACCCUCACCCACAGACAGCACCAAGAGCCCACUACCCAACGACGACUACUCCCCGCUGUGGGUGUCAUGGCUGCAGCUACCCCGGCAUCUGUACUGCUGCAAAGACAUCGUCCUUCGGCGGAGCACCUCGGGCAGCCUGGGCUUCAGCAUUGUGGGAGGUCAGGAGGAGGUCAACUGCAAUCAAUCGUUUUUUAUCCGCUCCAUCGUGGAGGGGACGCCAGCCUACAAUGACGGCAGGAUAAGGUGUGGUGACAUUCUGCUGGAGGUGAACGGGAAGAGCACAUGGGGGAUGACCCACACGGCACUGGUCCGCCUCCUGAAGGAGCUGAGGGGCAGAAUCACUCUGACCAUCGUGUCGUGGCCAGGCAGCCUGAUCUAGCUCCAAACCCUCCAGAGCUGCUUUUUUUUUUUUAAACGGCAUGGACCGACGAAUGUGGGAGUCGAAGGUUCAGACUUGGCUGGCGACGCUCAGCCUGCUGUGUGGGAGGAGCUUAAUUUAGAGCUGAACAUGUUCUCACUUCUGAUGGACGGCUAAGACUUUGCUGAACUGGAGAGGGACAAAUACGAGACUGGAUUUCUACCAGAAGUUAACCUGCCCCUCCAAGAAUGCAGAGCAGAGGAUCCAGGACUUUCAGAUCUGUUUGGAGGACACGUCAUCCUCUGGCACCGCCCCCAGACGGCGGAUGGAGAGGAGACACAACACGUUGCCAAUUCCAGUAGUUAAAUAUUAGGUAUGCGUUAAGUUGGACUCACAUUUCUUUACUGUAAAUGUUGGGUGUCUAAAAAAAGUUCUGAUCCAAGCACUUGUAAUACGUUUCUUCUGUUUGUUUGUGGUUUGGCCUUUAAAUGUAGGCUCCAUCUUGUUUGUACUGACAGUGGUUGUCAUCUUCAUCCGUUGACCUGACGACACGUUGCCAAGUAGUAGUCUGUGUUGAGGUUUUUUCUCUGAUUUCAGAAGCUAUGGCUAAAUUAUCAAAACCACUGGCAAUAAAAAUAUAUGAAAAAAUAAAGGAUCAGUGUGUUCAUAAGAUGUUAAAAUGUAUUUAAUUAGGUGACAUUGUGGAGGCCUUACUCAUUUUCUUACUUUUAAGAAAAAAACUGACUUGGUUUGUGUGGGCGGUCUGGUUCUGUCUGUCACGCUUCGGCCUGUGUAGUAUAUCUGACGGUACAUUUGGUUAAAUGAUCAAUAAAGUCAUUGGAAAA